AUGCCAGAAAACUUCCUCGUCAAAGCCACAUCAAAACCACACGUACCAACCCGACAAACCAGAAUAACUACACACGUCGCAACCGCAGACUCACUGGAUUUUCCAUCCGAAGAAAGGGCAUAUGCUGAACAGCGGAACCACAGCAUCAAACCGGAGCACUCAACAGGCACCCAGACGACACACUGCGUCCAUGGUACCGCCAACCCGAGCGACACAAUUUUACAGCAAGGCAACGGCAAGGAGACGGCCUGCACUCUAUACUAUUGCACCUCCGUGACACUCUACAGCAAAAAUGCCACGAUUGAGAGCAAAGCUCGAGCCCAAGAAGCUAGCGUCGUCAAGGCAAGCAAUGAGUGGGAUAUUGGCGACAUCACCCUUCCCCCCGGAUUAGUCACCCAUCCUCACCUCCAAGGCUCGUCCAACCGCAGAAACGUGACCGGUCGUUCAACCCAGCCCAACGGCACGAUCCGGCAUGGGGGAGCUUUAGGAUGUAGCGGACUGGUGCCAACAUGGAUGCAGCAGCAGCAGCAGCCACAGGCCGCUCGCUGGGCUCAAGCCGGCGCCCCGACCAAGCAAGUCCACAACCCAGCCAACGCUAAAGCAAAAGUCACCCAACCAGAAAAAGCACGAGACUCAGCACAUCCCGAAAUAAAAUACUCACCGUCCCGUCCGCUGCGUCUACGUGCUUCCAGCCCGUUCCGUCCGUUCAGCGUGCGUGAGCCAAGAUCACGCGCCUUGGACUUCGAAGCUCGCAUGCCCCGGCGCUGGCCACCGCUGCAGGAUGCGGCGCAGAAGGGGGCCAGGGCAGGGCAAGGGCAGGGCAACAGGAUUAGUGCACCUGGGUUGACUGAUGGUCUCCCUCUCUCUGGGGAAAAGACGAAAGACACGCUUGGCCUAGUAGAAGUGUUUGCCUGCGAUUGCCGAGACAAAAAAUGUCCGUAA